AUGGAGAAGAAAGAGAAUUUUGCUGAUUGGUAUUCGGAGAUCAUAACCAAGUCUGAACUUUUGGAGUAUUACGAUGUCAGCGGCUGCUACGUUCUGCGCCCUUGGGCGUAUUCUAUCUGGCAGGUCAUUCAGCGCUACAUAGAUGACGCCAUCCAUGUGUUAGGAGUCGAAAACGCCUAUUUUCCUAUGUUCGUAUCACAAUCUGCUCUAGAACGGGAGAAGACACAUAUUACUGAUUUCGCACCUGAAGCA